AUGAGCUCGAGCCCGCCCGCUGAGAUUCGGCCGCGUUGUGCUUCACCUCGCCCUCGGUCGCUCGCUCCCGGCGUCCUCGAGGCAGAUGGAAGCAAUGGCGUGGAUGUGGGACGAGGUCCGUCCCCUCGAUUUGGAGGGACGGGGCUGACCUCGAAUCAACGUGAAUAUUCGCUGGGGGGACGGUCCCGUCCUCUGUCGCCCCUGAACCAAACAGCACGAGAAGUGGAGUCGUCCCAUCCCAUCCUCGAUGGUCCCUCCAACCAAACACAUGGUUACUCAUCUGAAACCAGGGCAUGGAGUGACAGGUCAAGCAAGUGGGAACGAGGUGAAGAGGGCGGUGAAUGGGGACUGUGGGGUGCAGCCAUAAUCGAAUUCACGUGUGGCAGGGCUUUGGUCAAUGGUCUGUUGCAUUUUGUUGUCUACCAUGUUGAGAAAGAUGAGAAUCUGAUAGUUGCGGUGGAUGGGGAAGGGAAAAUUUGUACGACUAUCUGCUGGCCUGGUAAGCUUGUGUCAGCACCUGCUUUAUUUGGUCAAUCCCAAGGUCAUCUGCACUGCAUAAGUAGUAAUGUAAAAUUCCAAGACUGCAUUUUCCAUUUCACGCAACUGUCAGUUUGGGUUCUUGAGGACUAUGAUACACAAGAAUGGAUUCUGAAGCACAAUGUGAGCUGUUCACAGCUCUUUGGAUCAAUGAGUUGCCAAAUAAACUUCGAUAUUGUGGCCAUUCAUCCAGAUCACAAUUCAAUAAUCCUUGCUCAGCACAGGAACCAUAAACUGGUAUCAUAUUACAUGGAUAGUAAGGAACUGCAUGCUCACCGCAGUCUAGGAGGGGACUAUCUGUUUAUUACCCCGUAUAUUCCCUGUUUCAUGGAGUUGCCGUUCUUGCCACCAAGGACUGAGGUUGUUGCUUGUGGGAUACUUCUCUGA